UCCAUCCUUGGCAAGCAGUAGGGGGCACAAAAUCUUCAGUUGUCCCUGGGUGCUGAAAACCCUAGCUAUGACUCUGAUCAUUUGAUAUAAAAGUGAAUCAUUAGAAUAUUAAAAAUUGCAUAUUUUGAAUUAUAGCAGAUCACUGAUUUAAAGCAACAUGUUUAUCUUAUUACGUAUUAAAUAUACAGGGCAUCUGGUAAGCAUGCUGCAAAAAAAUGAAAAAUUUGAAAUUGUUAAGUUGUCAUCAUAGACUUGCUGGACAAGCUGAUUGUUAUUGCUUUGGUAAUGAUGGAACUGUAUAUUUUGCAUCUAAUAAUGGCAUUUUUGUUUUGGAUAGGAUAUCAGACAAGGUUUCUCUGCUAACAGAGCUUUGUGAAGAUGCUAAUGGUACAUCACAUUAUCUUAUUGGCAUAGAAUAUAUAUUUGAAGCAGACAGUAUUUUUUUAGUUUUUUCAUCUGGUCGAAUGUUUUUAUAUGAUUUAUAUCAAAAGACGUUCCAUUGCACUGGAUUAGUUACUUCUCAGUUAGAGGGAUAUUCUUGGAGCCCUGAUCAAGAAUUACUGGUUUUAUUAACAGGAGCAAAUACUUUGAUUUUGCUGACAAAGGAUUUCGAAGCUAUAGCAGAAAACAGUCUUGAUUGUAAUGAAUUUGGUGAAAGCAAGCCCAUAUCUGUUGGAUGGGGAUCAAAAGAAACCCAGUUUCAUGGCUCAGAAGGAAAGGAAGCUGCUCGUCCAAAACAAAUAGAAGCAAAAUCACCAUUGCCAUAUGAUGAUCAUCGACCAAGAAUUAGUUGGAGAGAAGAUGGAGAAUAUUAUGUCACUUCAAAUGUUGAUAAUGCUCGAGGAUGCAGACUUCUGCGAAUAUGGAAUCGCAAUGGAAUUUUGCAAUACACUGGGGAAGUUAAAAAUGGAUUGGAGGAACCUUUAUGUUGGAAGCCUUCAGGAAGUUGUAUUGCAUGUAGCCAGCAAGAUGAAAAUAGGCAUAAGAUAAUAUUUUUUGAGAAGAAUGGGCUUCAGCAUGGGCAAUUUAUUUUGCCUUUUAAAAUAAAUACAUUUAAAGUAACUUGUUUAUUAUGGAAUCAAGAUUCUACCAUUUUAUUAGUUGUAGCUCAAGAAUUAGUUGAAUCCCCAUCUUGUUCUAAAGUUAUGCUUUAUACAUGUAGCAAUUAUCACUGGUACUUAAAACAGAGCUUUGAACUUAAGCCAGAUUUAGCUGUGAAGUGGGAUGUAAGUAAACCACGAAAACUGCACUGUUAUAAUAAGAAAUCUGGGGAUUUUUAUACUUUAGAAUGGGCAUGGACAAUUUUUCAAAAUCCAUAUCUGAAUGGAUGUGAUGAUGCUAUUAUUGGCUCGAUUCAUAAUGGUGAUAUUUUCAUCACUCCAUUUGCAAAACUUCUUGUACCGCCACCCAUGUCAGCAUAUAUGUACACUCUUUCCUCUGCUAUACAGUCUAUGUUUUUUUCUCCAAAUGCUCCAGCAUUUGGAUUAUAUUUGGAAGACUGUAAAUUGGCUUUUUUUCAGAAAGGUUCAAUAGAAGUUGUUGAUUCCAAAGAUUGCAAAUUUGAAUUGGUCGCUGCUGGUGGUAAUGGUUUUAAAACUAAAGUACAGCCUUAUUCAUUCUGUGGAAUUUAUAAUAUUAAGAUUGAUUCUUUGGAUGCUCAUCCUUUUGGAUUAUGUCACUGGACUUGGAUAAAAGGAAACAGGUUACUAUGUGUUUGUUAUCCCAAAAGCAAUGAAAAUUCCAGUUGUGGCAUUCUGUGUCUGCAAUUACCGCAGACUUAUUCAUCAGAAAUUCAAGAACUAGUACCCAGUAUUCUGGUAAAAUUGGAGAAUGCUGUGUUAGGGAUCUGCUCAAGUUGUGAUGGUAACACCAUCGCUGUACAGAUGACUGAUGGUAAAGUUUUGCGACUUAAUUUAGAUGAAAAUUCUAAUUCACUGGAUUCAGAAAAUUUGUUAACUCCAUGGUUAUGUGAUGAUGGGAAGAAUCUAGUUUUGCCACAACUCUGCACCAACAUUUCUGUCAUCUCCAUUCUUGAUAAGGAAUAUUUCCUUGGCUUAAGUGAAAGAUAUAAUCUUUUCUGCAAUGAUCAUGUUAUUUUAUCAAAUUGCACAUCUUACACUAUUCAUGAUGAAUUUCUUUUGAUUACUGCAACUGAUAAUACACUGAAGUGCCUCUUAAAAGAUUGGGAUUUACCUGCUCUUUUGAAGAAUAAACUCAGUGUAUUAACUGAUAUCUUGAGUCAAAGAAUAGAGAAGUCAACGAUUAUCACCUCUCCUAAUGGUAGCACCAAAGUCAUAUUACAGAUGCCUAGAGGGAAUCUUGAAACCAUUCAUCCGAGACCACUUAUGUUAUCUCACAUUUGUAAAUAUCUCAAUAAGUUACAGUACAAAGAAGCAUUUGAUUUGGCAAAGGUGCAUAGGAUUGAUUUGAAUCUUCUUUUUGAUUAUAAUCCUAAGGAAUUUUUAGAAAAUGUUGAAGCAGUUAUUGAGCAGAUAGGUUCUCCAAUUAAUCUCAAUCUCUUCUUAGCCAGUCUAAAAAAUGAGGAUGUUUGUAUUACUAUGUAUCCACUGGCAUUGAAAAAGAAGCAAAAAGCAGAAAUUUCCCCUUCACCAGAUAGCAAAAUUAUUGUUGUUUGUGAUGCGUUUCGAAAAUAUUUAGAAAAGAAAAAGGACAAUAAGUUCUUUUUAACCCUUAUGGCAACAUAUGCAAAGAAAGGUGAAACAGAAGAUGCUCUUUCAAGGCUUCAGUUUUUAAAAGAUACAAACAAAGAUGAAAGUACUCAAGAAUUAGUCGAUAAUGCUUUAAAUUUCCUACUCUACCUAGUCGAUGUCAAUGAACUUAUUGAUAUUGCACUCGGAACAUACAAUUUGGAAACAGCUCUCAUGGUAUCUCAGAAAUCACAGAAGGAUCCUAAGGAAUUUCUAGAAUUUUAUAAUAAUUUAUUGAAAAUGGAAGAAAAUUAUCGCAAGUAUAAAAUUGACAUGCAUUUGAAGAGAUAUAAAAAAGCACUACAGCAUUUAAGCAAAUGUGAAAAUAAAUUUGCAGAAUUCUUAGCUUUGAUGAAGAACCAGAGACUUUAUACUGAUGCAUUGCAUCUAUUUCCCUCUGCUCAUCCACAUCGUAUGCUUGUAUGGAAAGAAUAUGGAAAGUAUUUAAUGGAAAAGAGAUACUUUGAUGAAGCUGGGCUUGCUUUUAUUAGCUGUGGUGAGAAUGAGAGAGCUCUUAUGGCAUAUAAGGAAAGCUUAAAUUGGCAGUCAGUGCUACAAUGUGCUGUUGACCUUAAUUAUCCUGAUAAUAAAAUAAUUGCUUUAUGCCAAGAAAUGUCUGAAAGAUUAAAAAGCAGCCACAGAUAUUUGGAUGCGGCAUAUUUAUUGGAGCAUUAUGUUAAGGACACUGAAGAAAGUAUUGUUACUUUAAUUGAAGGAUGUGAAUGGAAUUCUGCUUUAUUUGUUAUGUCAAAAUACAGACGUAAAGAUAUUGCAGAAACUCACAUAAAACCAGCAUUGCUUGAGCAUUAUUCUUAUUUGACUGCUCAUUUAGAUCAAUUAUCUAAUGACUUUCACAAGCAUUAUGAAAGAUUAAAGUUUCUAAGGAACCAAAAACGACAGCUGUCGGAACUACCUGAUUUUGCAAAGAAUCGUGAAGAUGAUCUGUUUUCUGAAACAAGUAGCAUUAUUGAUGAUGCUUCUUCUUAUGCUGAAUCAAAAUCAAUCACAGGGUCCAUAUUGACAAAGAAAAGUUCAAAAAGCCGAAGAAAACAUGAAUUGAAAAAGUAUCGCUUAAAAGAAGGCAGCCCCAAUGAAGACUUAGCACAUAUAGCUGCCUUAUCAGAAAUUUUAAGAAAAGUGGAUACUAUGAAAGAUAGUUUUUCAGAUACUCUUAAAACUUUAAUUCAGUUUUCUUAUGAAGAUAAAGCGAAGUCUUUGCAAACACACAUGUGUGCUUUGAUUAAAGAAAUUGAAUCAGAAAUUCCUAAUAUUUGGUACCAUCCUGAAAAUUCUAAUUCUUCUUCUGAUAUGAGGUUUGGUCCAGAUUCAACUGCCAAUUCUAUAGCUGCAUCAAUAAAUCAAGAGCAAAAAAGUUCUGUUUCAAACAUAACAGAUCCUGCAUUAGCUGCUCCACAUUGGAGAAAUAUUGAUGUUACUCUUCAAAUGCUUAGAUGAUGUACAUUUUGCUAAUAUAAUGCAAGCAUUAAAUACUGAAUUAUUUUCUUGUUA